AUGAAUACUACCAAACUUCUCUUCGGUCCGAACUGGGAUCUCAAUAGAUGGACCGACUCUGACGAUCGCGUUCGCGGCGGAUCAUCCGAGUCAGAACUCGUCCCUUCCACAGAUGGGGUUUUCUUCCGCGGCAGCCUCGACAUUGAAACCCUUCGCGGUGCCGGAUUUGCCUCUCAACGCACGGUUGGACAAGACGAAAUUUGGGACCUCACUGGAAAUGAUGGCAUUGAACUCGAUGUCGUUCCAUCGGACCGGAAACGCUACACCUUCUCCUUGACAGACGAAAUCCCAGAGCAAAGACGAGAUGGCCGUGAACAAAGUGCCCUGGUCUGGGAAUACGACUUUUGCGCCAGUUCUGUAGGGGCAACUGUGCGCAUAUACUGGAAGGAUCUGAGAGCAACAUAUCGAGGGAGGCAGGUGGAAGCUGCGAGGCCCUUGGACUUGUCACGCAUCAGGAGAUUUCGGAUCAUGGUCAGAAGCUUCUUUGGGGACCAACAUGGUGAAUUUGGCCUGAAUAUUCGUACAAUUGGACUAUUUCGGGAUAGCUAUCUUGAUGAUCCCAAUUUGGUAACAGAGUCGAUGGAGUAUAAUUUUGAGAAAAGAGAGUCUUCCGGGAAGACGGAAGAAGACCAGGAUUGGUUAUUAUGCUGUUGCCCAUUGUUUUAA